CUGAUACUAACCGUACCUAUGGAUCCUCUCGCAACCUUCUCCAUGUUCGUGUGGCGCCAUGGCAAGCGGCAUUCCUCCAUUCGGCACAGCCCCCUUCUCCAACACCUUAUUGGCCCAUGGCUGCAUCUCUGCAUCCGAAUCCUUCGACACGAGACACCCAACGCGGGGCACCGUAAACAAAAACACUCAGGACAUGAUCGAUUGGCAACGGUGCUCCGCCCAGGGCAUCGCCUCCUCAGCAGCCCGCCUGUCGUCGUUGCCUGGGGCGAUGCAGCGGAGGUUUAUCUAGGACGGUUCCCACCAAAUACAUUGCCCCCUCUUACACUAUCGAUAAACCUACCCUCUCAUCACGCUACUCCAACCCCUUUCCUACCGAAGCUACCCAUUCACGAUGUCGGCCCAAACCCAACGCACCCUCCGCAUCAUCACCCUCAUCGCGUUCCUGCCCGGUUUCGGGCUCCUCAUCCCCGCAGGCGUCGAAGGUAAGAAGGCAGUCAACUCGUACUACUACUACCACUCCUCGCACGUCCCGCCCUUCUUCUUCGGCUUUAUCCCACUGUCUCUCUCGGCCUUCACGGCACUCGGAUAUAUCUAUAGUAAGCCUGCUGCGGGGGAAAAGAGCGAGAAACGUCGCGCGUGUGCGAUGCUGGUGGCAGAUAUGCUGCUCGUAGGUGCGUAUUUGGGCGUGCUGCUGCCGGUUUGGAUUGAGGAGCCGAGAUGGUUGGAGAUGAAUGCUAGGGUUAUGCUGUUAGAGGGGUAUGCGACGGUGCCGUUGCUGUUGAAUAUGUGCAUCCACGCGUUUCUCGUCCUUUCAAACAAGAUUGUGGUGAAGUUUGUGGGCUCCCUUGGGCAAGGUAAGGAGUGUCCCCACUGCCAUCAUCGGAUUGGCGGCGGAGUGGAUAUGGCGGGGAAAGGCAAGGGCGAAGGGUAUAGCUUGCUGAGGGGAGAGGAUUAUCUCGAUGCGAGGGAGUAUGAUGAAGAUGCCCAGGGGCCGAGCCAGCCAAGAUCCAGUGAGGAGCGCAAUGUGGUAGAAGUGUGAAGAAUACGCAUGUCUUGGGCGGGGUGGCGGACGACAAUAGCAACGUUAUGGAAGGAGUGAGGAAUGCUUAGGUAUUGAUCGAUGACCGGUGGGAAGAACUAGGUGAAAGACAGUUAAGGAGAAUGCGUCAGGCGUAGCUCACUUAGCCAUACCCUGAUGACGCAAAAUAGAAGGGGGGUUGUGCACUAAGGGUAACUACGGCUUUGCUGCAGGCAUCGCGCUCCAAUUGCUACAUCUUACAUUCAUUCCGGUAUAUACAGUCUCACCUUGG